AUGCUGAAACACGUCAUCCCACGGCGGCAUAUUCCACCGCUCCAACUCCAACGCAGAUGGGCGACUCAGACGUCUCAGCAGCCAUUCCAUCCCUCCACCAACGAGUGGUCGCACCCUCCCUCAAACGCAACUAUAUCGGAUGAAGAGAUCUACAGACUCGCAGCAAAACCUCGCCGUCCACUUACGCUCGCUGACCUGGUCAGACAUGGCAAACCUCCACUGCGAGAUGCCGCUCUCCUCUCCUCUGCGAACUUUACCCUCUCCCUCCUCCCUUCCAGACUUGCUCAUCGAAUCCAAGCUAUGCGAAACUUGCCGUUCAUCGUGGUCGCAAACCCUCAUGUCUCCAAGAUCUACAACAACUACCUCCACUCACUGUCGACAUUGGAACCGUUCUACAAGAAGCCUAUAGAGACGAUAGAUGAAGAGAUAAGGUUCACGGAUGCGAUGGCUGACAUCGUCCGGACACACUCAAACACCAUCCCCACCUUGGCCCAGGGUUUUCUCCAGUGCAGAAAGUACAUUGAGCCCGCUGAAGUGACGAGGUUCCUGGACCAGCACCUUCGCGCGAGAAUCGGCACCAGGCUUGUUGCCGAACAGCACCUUGCGCUCCACAUGGCCUCGACAGGCGAUGCGGCCACUCGACCGCCUGACCCUAACCAUGUUGGCGUGAUCGACCUCGCUUUACGACCCGCCGAUAUAGUCCGGCAAUGCGAGGGGUUCGUGGCCGAGGUGUGCGAACUCAAGUACGGCAUCAGACCUUCGUUGGUGAUCAAUGGUGAAGUAGAUGCCGAGUUUGCCCAUAUACCGAUGCACCUGGAAUACAUCAUCACGGAGCUUCUGAAGAAUGCCAUGCGCGCGACCAUUGAGUCGGGGAAUGAGCGAGAGGCUAUCGAAGUCACCAUUGCGUCGGCGCCCAACGUCACGACGACCAAGCUCGACUCGCUGAGGAAGCUCUCCGUGACCGAGGCGAAUGCCUUCGACUUUUCCCAAGAAGGUCUGGAGGAGUACUGUUCUUCCCCGGAUGCCGAUGUCGGGCCCCUCAACGCCGCUGCUCCGUGUAUCACCCUGAGGAUCAGAGACAGAGGUGGUGGGAUCCCGCCUGAAGCGUUGCCCAACAUUUGGUCGUACAGUUUCACCACCUUCAACAAUGAAGAAGCCAUAGAGGCGGCCGGCGAGACCGGAGGAAGUGCAGGGUUGAACGCCAUAUCGAACAGCGGCACAAACCAGAGCUCCAUAGCUGGGUUGGGAUACGGAUUGCCCUUGGGACGAGCCUACGCCGAAUACUUUGGCGGUGGCAUUGCCGUGCAGAGCAUGUAUGGUUGGGGCACUGACGUGUACCUGACGUUGCAGGGGAUUGGGAAAAUGGACGACGUGAAGAAGAGCAAGAAUGGGCUCGAGGAACUACAAGAGGAGGUCGCUGGUACAGAGUAG